AUGAAGCCGUCACUGCUAGCGAUCAUUUUCCUCACUGGCAGUGUUCACUCAAGAAGCUUCUGGGACUUUUUCAAUCAAUUUUUUGGCAAUAAAACAGAAUCCGAAGAGCAAAAUAAGAUUCCGGGAGACAAUGAGGACGCCAAGGGAAGAAAACCUGCUGAAAAACCCGCCGGCGGUGUGGAGAACAAUGAGAUUGUUCUUAAACAACCUCCUACACACGAAAGGACUCACAUCGACAAUCGCGUUGGCGGGACCUACUCAGUAAAGGGCGAUAUUUCGACCGAAGAAGGCUAUAAGACUAUCUCGGAAAAGUUGAGACAGUAUCUCGGAAAUCUCAGUGGACAAGACAGCGGAACACAUAUUGCAGACUUGUUCUUUAUUUAUGAUGUUUAUUAUGAAUAUCCAGAUGAUCCAUUUGAUGGUUAUGGAUGGGAUCCAAAUAAUCCCUUUGAAGGUCCUGAUCAUUCGGAUUAUAGUGAUUAUAGUUAUUAUAGUGAUUUCGGCUAUCCUGAACAUGAUGAGUUGAAAUAA